CCAAAGUGCAUGAACCUUAUGUUGUUAUAUAUACAUAAGCUCCUCACCUCUUCUACUCACAAAAACACAUACACUCUCUCAUAGUAAUACAAAAACACCAUGCCUACUUCCUCACUAGUCGUAGUUUCAAAAUGCAAGAUAUACCCCGACCUCAAAUCCACCGUCAAAUCCCUCAAGCUCUCCGUUUCCGACCUCCCAAUGCUCUCUUGCCAAUACAUCCAAAAGGGUGUCCUCCUCCCUCCUCCGCCUCUCUCCUCCGCCGACCUCCUCUCUCUCCUCAAGCUCUCCCUCUCCAAAACCCUCUCUCACUUCCCCGCCCUCGCCGGCCGCCUCCAAACCGACCACUCCGGCCACGUCCACAUCGUCUGCAACGACGCCGGCGUCGAUUUCUUCCACGCCAAAGCGCCGCACCUCUCCACGGAGGCCCUCCUCCCGCCGCCCGAUCACGACAUCCCCCCGGCCUUCCGCCGCUUCUUCCAAUACGACAGCACCCUCAGCUACGCCGGCCAUAGCAAGCCCUUGAUGGCGGUGCAGGUCACCGAGCUCGCGGACGCCGUCUUCGUCGGCUGCACCGUCAAUCACGCCGUCGUGGAUGGGACUUCGUUUUGGAAUUUCUUCAAUACUUUCGCGGAGGUGGCCAAGGGGGUCAAGAAGAUCUCCCGGCCUCCGAAUUUCCGCCGCGACACCGUUUUCGAUUCGCCGGCGGUGCUGGAUUUGCCGGAGGGAGGGCCGUCGGCGACGUUCUCCGGCGACGAGCCCCUCCGCGAGAGGAUCUUCCAUUUCAGCAGAGAGGCGAUCGCGAAACUGAAGGCCAGGGCUAACGGCGUCAACGGUAAAAGUAACGGAGAGAGAAAUGGAAUUCAAUUAGAAAAGAAGGACCACACAGAUCUGAUCUCGUCCUUCCAAUCGCUGAGCGCGCAGCUGUGGCGAUCCGUGACACGUGGCAGGAACUUAGAAGCGGGGAAAACGACGACGUUCCGGAUGGCGGUGAAUUGCCGGCACCGGCUGGAGCCGCGGCUGGAGCCGCUCUACUUCGGGAACGCGAUCCAGAGCAUUCCGACGGUGGCGACGGCGGGGGAGCUGCUUUCGAACGAUCUGAGGUGGAGCGCGGAUCUGCUGCAUCGGAAUGUGGUGGCGCACGAUAACGCUACGGUGCGGCGCGGGGUGAAGGAUUGGGAGAGGAACCCUAGGCUGUUUCCGCUGGGGAAUUUCGACGGGGCGAUGAUCACGAUGGGAAGCUCGCCGAGGUUCCCCAUGUACGACAAUGAUUUCGGGUGGGGGAGGCCGCUGGCGGUGAGGAGCGGGAGGGCGAACAAGUUCGACGGGAAGAUCUCGGCCUUCCCGGGGGCGGAGGAGGACGGGAGCGUUGAUCUAGAGGUGGUGCUAUCGCCGGAAACAAUGGCGGCUGUAGAGAAUGAUUUGGAGAUUAUGCAGUAUGUGUCUUGAGUU